CGAUUCACUGCUGAUUCGAGCAGCGCUAGCGGAAACGUCAUGAAGUGACAGCAGUGAGCGGAGCCGCAGCCGCCCGUUUCCCUUCGAGCAGCGACGCGGAUCCAGAGCAUCGAACCCAGAGUCCGUGCGGUCCAGCAGACACCGAAUCCCGGCCUAGCCAUGGACGAGCAGGCGGGCCCCGGUGUGUUCUUUAACAACAACAACAAUUCGGUUCUCCCCGGCGGAGCGAAAGCGCCUCAGCCGGGCGACGGCGGUGGAGAGGCGGCCCGCGCGCACUACAGUAUCCCGGGGAUCCUGCACUUUCUGCAGCACGAGUGGGCCCGGUUCGAGCUGGAGCGCGCGCAGUGGGAGGUGGAACGCGCAGAGCUGCAGGCUCAGAUCGCGUUCCUGCAGGGCGAGAGGAAAGGCCAGGAGAACCUGAAGAAAGAUCUGGUGCGGAGGAUAAAAAUGCUGGAGUACGCUCUCAAGCAGGAGAGGGCCAAAUUCCACAAGCUGAAGUACGGCACCGAACUCAACCAGGGGGACAUGAAGCCGCCCAGCUACGACUCCGAUGACGGCAAUGAGAACGAGGCUCUUCCGGAACCGGCAAACAGUCAACUGAGCUGGAAACAGGGGAGACAACUGCUGCGCCAGUAUCUGCAGGAGGUGGGCUACACAGACACUAUUCUAGACGUGAAGUCUCAGCGUGUGAAAGCUCUGCUGGGUCUGUGUGGAGAAACAGGCGGAGACGCCCGAGACGAGCCCAUGGUGAACGGCACCGAACCCGCCUCACUCAAGGACAGCACACACACCAUGAUCGGUAAAGCAGAGAUGUCAGACUCGGCCACAGUUCUGGAGGCCUUCAAGUUCAUCGAGAAAGCAGCGGCAGAGUUCAGUGAUGAGGAGGAGGAUGAGGACAGCGAAGGACAGAACAGGAGCAUCGUGGAUCUGGCCACUAUGGUGAGGAGGAAGGUGUCCCCGUCUCCCUCCUCGUCCUCCACAGACGUCAGUGAGGAUCUGGACACAGACGAGGUGCUGAAGGGCUUCGACUUCCUGGCCAACACUGAGGACAUGAUGGAGGGACAGACACAGGACACUCCUGCUGCUGGAGACUGGGGGCCGAACCGCUGUAAACUGCAGGACAUGUUGGCUAAUCUGCGGGAUGCAGAGGAUCUGUCCUCUAUCCAGCCUCCGGUGGCUCCACCAGCCCGGCCCAGUUUACCCCGACUCAACGAACACCAGCUGGGACGCACCGACGAAGUGGAAGCGAUGACGUUUCCUCCGUCCUCUGGAAAGUCAUUCAUCAUGGGGACAGAUGAGGCUCUGGAGAAUGAACUGGGUCUCGGAGAGCUAGCCGGACUCACAGUCGCUAACGAGGCCGAGAGUCUGUCCUACGACAUCACUAAUAAUAAAGACGCGCUGAGGAAAACGUGGAACCCCAAGUUCACGCUCAGGAACCACUUCGACUCGAUCCGCGGGCUGGCGUUUCACCCGGUGGAGCCGGUUCUGAUCACCGCAUCUGAAGACCACACGCUCAAGAUGUGGAACCUGCAGAAGACCGCGCCCACCAAGAAGUGUGCAGCUCUUGAUGUGGAGCCCAUCUACACCUUCAGGGCUCACAGAGGGCCAGUGCUGUGUGUGGUCAUGAGCUCCAGUGGAGAGCAGUGUUUCAGUGGUGGGCUGGACGGAACCAUCCAGAGCUGGAACACUCCAAACCCAAACAUCGACCCCUACGACUCUUAUGAGUCGUCAGUGUUGCGUGGUUCUCUCAGUGGACACACAGAUGCGGUGUGGGGUUUGGUGUUCAGCUCUGCUCAUCAGCGUCUGCUGUCCUGCUCUGCUGACGGGACGGUGCGGCUCUGGAGCGCUGCAGACACAGAGCCUGCCAUCGCCUGCUUCAACACAAAUAAGGAGCUGGGCGUGCCGUCAUCAGUGGAUGUGGUGUGCAGUGAUCCAGCUCACAUGGUCACGGCCUUCAGCAACGGCAGGACGGGAAUCUACAACAUGGAGACACGACAACUGAUCCUGGAGCUAGAGUCUCAGAGCGCAGGAAAACCUGAUGCGCCGUGUCAAAUCAAUAAAGUGCUGAGUCACCCGACGCUGCCCAUCACCAUCACCGCUCAGGAGGACCGACACAUUCGCUUCUUCGACAACAACACCGGAAAGCUGAUUCACUCUAUGGUGGCUCAUCUGGAUGCUGUGACGAGUCUAGCAGUGGAUCCAAACGGACUCUACCUGAUGUCUGGCAGUCAUGACUGCUCGGUGCGUCUGUGGAACAUGGAGAGCAAGACGUGCAUCCAGGAGUUCACGGCGCACAGGAAGAAAUUCGACGAGUCCAUAAACGACGUUGCGUUUCACCCCAGCAAGUGCUACAUCGGCAGUGCAGGAGCCGACGCACUCGCCAAAGUCUUCGUAUGACCUUCGCAAAAAACACAGAGAAAUAAAACACACCUCGUCCUGAUGAUCCGGGCCGGCCUGGAGCAACAAAACCAGGAGCUCCUGAUCCACAAGAACAUCCCUCUAGUCUUACUUUCUCUGGGUUUCAGUGGAUUUUUCCUGUCCUUCCUGACGUGAGCGCCAGCUGAUUUCCCCGUCUUACCUUUAUUUUUUUUUUCUCCUUUUAAAACGACGUGCCUUUUGCUUCACACAAACGUUUGCGCUCCGGAGAGGAAUUGUUUUAAACUCACUCAACUCCACGUCCAUUUAUUUGCUCUGAAAGUCAAGAUGAUUGUCUCAGUCAUGCGGGAUUUAUCCGAACGAUCUUGGAGAUGCAUUCAAUUAAAGGACUAAAAUCGAAAGGCGGCAGAUUUAUUCAAUUUGUACAUACUAUUACAAAAACAAACGUGACUCACUUUGAUGUUUGAAUUUUUGACGUUAAACGACUAAAUUUCUACAUGUUUGUGAAUAUAGAUGCAGACGUGAUUGAGCAUCAAGGUCAGAUUUGACUCGUUUCACUGCGGAAUGGGUCGUUUUUUGCAUUGCGAGAUUAUUAACGAAAAUUAUAUUGCAAUUUUGCGACGUAAAAAUAUGAUUUUGUUAAAUUUUGUGAGGAAAAAGCAUCAAAUCUCGACACUCCAAAGCCGUUUAGCAUCAAGAUGUAUGUCUCAUGAUUGACAUUUUUAAAGCUAUACGUUAAUAAUAAUAAUAUUUAUGUAAUGUUUAAAUAUAAGCCUGUCGGAGAGUUUGCGGUCGAAAAAACUAAACAAAAACAUGACUCAAUUAAAUGUUUGAAUUGUUGAGUAAACUACUAAAUUUCGACAUGUAUGUGAUCAUACAUGCACAUGAGGAUCCUAUUUGACUGAUUUUUCCACAGAAUUAAUCAUUUUUGCAUUGCGAGAUUAUUAACGAAAAUCAUGCUGCAAUGCUAAACAAAACAGGCUUCAAUUCUGCGAAGUAAACUAUUAUUUUGUUAAAUUUUGUGUUGAAAAACUAUCUCGACACUCCAAAGCCAUUCAACAUCAUGACGUACGUCUUUAGAUUUACAUUUUUAAAAAGCUAUACAUUAAUAAUAUUAUUUCCGUUAUUUUACUGAACGAUCUUGGAGAUGCAUUGAAUUAAAGGACUAAAAUCGAAAGGCGACAGAUUUAUUCAAUUUGUACAUACUAUUACAAAAACAAACGUGACUCACUUUGAUGUUUGAAAUUUUUGGAUAUAGCUACUAAAUUUCUACAUGUUUGUGAUUUUAGAUGCAGGCGUGACUCGUUUCAUUGCACAAUGGUUCGUUUUUGCAUUGAGAGAUUACUAAUGAAAAUUAUAUUGCAAUUUUGUGACGUAAAAAUAGGAUUUUGUUAAAUUUUGUGAUGAAAACCAUCAAAUCUCGACACUCCAAAGCUCCUCAGCAUCAAAAUGUAUGUCUUAUGAUUAACAUUUUUUAGAGCUAUACAUCAAUAUUUACGUCAUUUUUAAAUAAAAGCCUGCAAUAGGGUUUGCGGUCAGAAGAAAACAAACGUGACUCACUUUAAUGUUUGAAUUUUGUGGUAAAUCUACUCAAUUUCUGCGAGUUUGUGAUUGUAAAUGCACAUGUUUGAGCCUCAGGAUCAUAUUUGACUAGUUUCAACGCAGAAUUAAUCAUUUUUCGCAUUGCGAGAUUAAAACAAAAAUAAUGCUGCAAUGCUAAACGAAACAGGCUUCAAUUUUGUGACGAAAAAUAUGAUUUUGUUUAAUUUUGUGUUGAAAAAGCAUCUCGACACUCCAAAGCUCCAAACUUACGUCUCUAGAUAUACAUGUUUUUAAAGCUAUACAUUAAUAAUAAUAUUUUCAACAUUUUGCCAUAAAUUCAGUAACAUUCAGUCUUUAUUGUGAACAAUAUUGGAGAUGCUUUGAAUAAAAGACUAAAAUCGAACGCAACCGAUUUAUUCAAUUUGUAUAUAACAUUACAAAAAACGUGACUUUGUGUGAAUUUUUGAGUAAAGCUACUAAAUUUCUGCCUGUUUGUGAUUAUAAAUGCACACGUUUUAGCGUCAUGAUUAAAUUUGACUUGUUUUACAGAUUAUUAACGACAAUAAUAUUACACAGCUACAUAAAAACUGGCUUGAACUUUGUGACGUAAAUUUUAUUUAUUUAUUUUUAUUUAUUUAUUUUCCAAUAUAAUUCAACAUCAUGACGUACGUCUCUAGAUCAAAAUUUUACAAAGCUAUACAUUAAAUAAUAUUCACGUCAUUUUUAUAUAUAAACCUGCAGGAGGGUUUGCAGCCGACCCAAAAAAAAAACUGAUUGCAUUACGAUUUGCGUUGAGAUGAUUAACAAAAAUAAUACUGUCGUAAAUAUCUAAAUCAUUAACAUAAGCUUGAGACAUAAAAUUUGAUUUUGCGAUUUAAGAAAUCAUCGACUCUCAAAACUCAAAAACAUCAGGACGUACAUCUCUCGAUCACGAUUUAUUUGACACUAUACAUUAUUAAUCAUAUUUACGUAAAUUUUGCAUAUAAACAUUUAAAUUUAAUAUUUAAACUCAAUCUGACGCCAUUUUGUGUGUUUAAUAUUUAAAAUCAUCUCAUUAAUUAACCUACAAACAUGGAGUAAACAAGUUCAGAAUAUUUGACGCAUUUUAUGUCGAUAAAUCUUGCGUCGUUUUGACGCGUACAAUGAUCCGGAUCUCUAUAUUUGUGGGAAAUCUGUUGAUGUUUAUUUAUUUUUGGCCUUGUUUUUUCUGUAAUGCCAAACGUGAGCGUCAGGAGCGGUUAAAUAAGACGUAUAACUCACCUUCGCUUUUACGUUUCAUAUGUGAAGGUGUGUGUUUUUAAUGGCGGUGUGGCUGGUGGGCAGCUCCAGGAUUACUUUUAAUUUGUUUUUGUUUUUUAACUGGUCUGUGAUUACUUGAACUCUCUAGGUGUGUGUGUGUGUGUGUGUGUGUGUGUGCAGGUGUGUGUGCGUGUUUUGAACUGCUAGCAUAGAGAUUUUCUGCUUUUAUUGGGAAUGGUUUGCCUUUAACUGAUGCCAUGAGCACUACAGGAGCGCAGUGUUUGUGCGUUUCCCAGUGGAAAGAGGACGUUUGCUGUUUUACCAAAUGCUGUUAAAGGACUAGUUUAGCAUGGUGAAAUCUGCUAGCAUUUACUCGCCCUCGUGUGUUUUCUGCAGUAUUGAUUGCAUUUAUAUCACAUGAUGAAAUACGCUGGUUUUGACUUCCUCUCAGAUAAUUCUGACAUUUAAUUUCUUGCCAAGUGCGAGGGGAAAUAAUCUCAAUUUUAAGGGUUUUACUGCAAAUUGUAAAUCUUUAAAACAUCUAAAUUUAGGAGGAUUUUAAGAUACAAAUUCAGAAUUGCAUUGAAAAAACAGAAGUUUGGGGUUUUAGGUUGCAAAUCUUCUCAUUUUUUAACUUUGCUAAUAUUUUUGUCAAUUUGUUAAAUUAUACAGGUGCAAAACUCACAUUUUUGAGAGAAAAUGAUCAUAAUCUUGAGAAAACAUCAGCAGUUGAUAUCUGAAAAAUCAAACUUUUUUGUUUUUGUAGAAUUGCAGGACAUUUCUGAGAUUUUCUCCUGCAAUUUUGACGUAUAAUUGCUCUCGUUUCUGAGAACCUGCGCGUUUAUGAAGUUUUCUUGGACUUCUGUUUAUUACAUCUUGCCAUUUGUUUUCCUCAAAAUUGCAAUGCAAAAAUACAAAGAAAUACAAAUAAUAAACAAAAUUAUAUAAAACAAUUAAAAUAAAAAGUUUUAUUAAACGUUCUAAAGUUUUUCUUUUUAAGAAUUGCACCUUUAUUUCAGUUUCUCACUAUUGCAAGUUGACUUUUUAAAAUUGCGAAGCUACAAAGUCUUAAUUCACAAUAAAUUAUAGAUUGCGUUUAUAUCGCGUGAUAAAAUACGGUCAUUAUGACUUCUCAUCACAUAAUUCUGACAUUAAUUUUCUUGCCAAGUUUAAGAAAAAAGCUGAAAAACUCUUAAGAGCCACAAUUUGUGAGCUUUCAGUUUAUAUGUUAAGCUUUUUGCUCAAUUGCAAUUGUGAUUUUGUACAUUAAAAUUGCACAAAAAUAUCAUGAGAGUAACUCAAAAUAAAAGCCCUCUGAGUUUUGGUUGCGUUUUUUUUCUCAGAAUUUAAAAUUGCUCACAUUUUUGAGAAAAAAAAAGAGCAAAUUGUGAGACAUGAACUCAAAAAGGACUCAGUCUUUGCAAUAGUUUUUCUCUAUUGUGAGUUUAGGUCUUGCACUUUGAGAGUUUUAUUUCCUCAGAAUUACAAGUGAGAAUCACAUUAAUGAAAAUGAGUUUAGGGGGAAUUUUAAGACCAAUUCACAAUUGUCUGGUUUUGGGGUUCUUUGGGGAAUCUUCAUUUUCUGCAUUUGCUAUUAUUUUUGUCAUUUUUUUCCACAUUUUUUUUGCAAUCUGAGAAAAAGAUUAUAAUUUUCAGAAAACAUUAGAAGUUUAUAUUUUAAAAAUCAAACAAUUUGUGAGCUUUCAGUGUAUAUUUUAACUCUAUUUCUCAGUUGCAGUUGUGACUUUGUACGUUAAAAUUGGAAAAAGAUAUCAUGAGAGAAUUGCAAAUUAAAAGUCCUUUGAGUUUAUAUCUUAUGGUUCCAAAUUUCAGAGAAAAAAAAGCAAAAACAAAUUGUGAGAUAUUUUUGCAACGUUAUUUCUCACUGUUGUGGGUUCAGAUCUUGCAGUACGAGAGUUUUUUCCUCAGAAAUACAAUUAACAAUAAAGAGCUGCAAUUUAGAACAAUGAAAAAUCUGAAUUUUGAGGGAAUUUUAGGAUUCAAAUUCUCACAAUUGCAAUGAAAUAUUGAGAUUCUGGGGUUUUAGGUUGCAAAUCUUUUUAUUUCUUACAUUUGCUUAUACUUCUGUCAUUUAUUUAUUAUAUAAAAAUAAAAUAAUAAUAAAAGUGCUAAAAAUCUGAGAAAAAAAUCACAUUUUUGAGAGAAAGAGAUAAAACGUUUGAGAAAACAGAAGUUUAUAUCUGAAAACUUUUCUUUUUUCACAGAAUUGCGAGACAUUUUUGAGUUUAAUCAUAUGUUUAUUAUAUAAUUCCUCCUGUUUCUGAGAACGUGUGUUUUCCUGCACUUGUUUAUUACAUCUUCAAAUGAUUUUUUUCUCAAAAUUGCAAUGCACAGAUACAAAGGUGCAACCGUGAAAAUAAAAAACAAGUUACUAGGUUUUUCCUUUUCAGAAUUGCAGCAGUUUCUCGUUACUUGCGAAGCUACAAAAUCGUAAUUCACGAUAAAAUAUAGAUUACGUUUAUAUCACAUGAUAAAAUAAGCUUGUUAUGACACUUCAUCACAUAAUUCUGACAUUUAUUUUGCAAAGUGUAAGAAAAAAAAAGCAAAAUCUUGAGAACUUAUAACUGCUAAGCGUUCAGUUUAUAUUUUGCUAUUUGAACUUAUUUCUCCUUUGCAAUUGUGAGUUUGUAAAUUAAAAUUGCAAUCAACAAAUCUUAAUCAUCAUUAAAUAUUGCGCUUUUAUUUCAGUUUCUCACUGUUGCAAGUUUGCUUUUUAAUUUGCAAAGCUACAAAGUCUUAAUUCUAAGAAAGUUCUGCAUUCCUUAUUUUUAAUAACGUCAUUUGUCCACACGGGGGUGAUGUAAAUCCUUCAUUUUUCAUAUUCAGAAUAUUCUACUCCUUUAACCGUGAGCUCUGGGAUGUGUUCGGGAAGCGUGAGUGAGUGUGUGUGUGUGUGUGUUUGUGUGCGCGUGUGUUUUCGUACUAGUAAAGAUAUUUUCUGAUUUCGUUCAUUUUGGUGCGUAUUAAUUUUAGAUAUAAGAGAGAAUCUUCUGGAUAUGUAUAGUUUUAAAGUAUUGAUCGCGGAUGUAUUUAUGAAGCAGAAUACGCUGUAUAUUAACCUGCCAAUCCACUGCGGAAGAAGCGGAUAAUAAGGAUAAUAGUGUAGUUGGCGCCACCUGCUGGUCAGAGAUGGAGACUCCAGAUGAUUGGUUACGGAUCCAUUAAUGUGGAAAACAGCGGAGGGAGGCGGUGCGAUGUGAUUGGACGGUCUGGCGAUGAUGUCAUGAGCAGGCACUGACCUUUGACCCCUCUGCUUGUAUAGAGAGAUUGUGUCUGGACAGAUUGUGUUAAUAAUAAAUGCUAUACUCCUCCUGUACAUAUUUUAUUAUUGAUAUUACAGUUUAUUCUUGAUUUCUUGUUGUAUUCUCUUCUCUCUUUUUUUCCUCAGAUGGACAUUUAUCAAUAUAAUACAAUAAUAAAAGAAUAUGUUGUAUUUCA